GUCAGAGCAGACACAGUGCUGGAGGAGAGAGGAUACUCACCUGUUAAACAGCAGCCGACCUGGUUUCACUAACUUUUUAAUUCUCUUGUUUUCCCUCUGAGACUGUACGAGCCUGAAGCUUCAGGAUGACGGACACUCUCUUACCAAACGGCAUCAAGGACGGCGGAGGAGACAGCAGCUACUUCAGAAAGGGUUGUAACCCGUUCGCCCAGACUGGACGAAGCAAACUGCAGAACAAGCGAGCCAGUCUGAACCAGCAGAUCAUCAAACAGAUGAGGAUGAGGGCCGGAGCUGAGAACCUGCUGAAGGCUACAUCCAACAAUAAGGUUAAAGAGAUGGUUCUGUUGGAGUUGAGCUAUGUUAACUCCAACCUGCAGCUACUGAUGGGACAGCUGGAAGGACUCAACAGCUCAGUGGAGGUCUACCAGAGCGCCCAGGAAACAACAGCCAACAUACCCCUCAUUGCUCUGGGUCUUAAGGAGACAAAAGAAGUUGACUUCUCCACUCUAUUCAAGGACUUCAUCUUGGAGCACUACAGUGAAGACGGGAACAAUUAUGAAGACGAGAUUGCUGACCUGAUGGACCUGCGACAGGCUUGCAGAACGCCAAGUCGAAACGAGGCCGGGGUGGAACUGCUGGCGAAAUACUUCAGCCAUCUUCCUCUGAUGGAGAGCCGAUUCUUCUCCCCAAACCGCCAGACUGGCAUCUUCUUUACCUGGUAUGACUCCUUCACAGGAGUGCCAGUGUGCCAACAGAACCUGUCACUGGAGAAGGCCAGCAUCCUCUUCAACAUGGCCGCCCUCUACUCGCAGAUCGGUACCCGUAGUGACCGACAGACAAUAACCGGCCUGGAGGAGGCCAUCUCUUCCUUCCAGAUAGCUGCAGGUAUCCUGAACCACCUGAAGGAGACAUUCACCCACACUCCCAGCUACGACAUGAGUCCAGCAAUGCUCAGUAUGUUGAUUCGGAUGAUGCUUGCUCAGGCUCAGGAGUGUCUGUUUGAGAAGACUGCCCUGCCCGGGAUCCGAAACCAGUUCUAUUCCCUGAUGAAAAUGGCCCAGGAGGCUGCAAAGGUCUCAGAAAUCUACGACCAAGUCCACCAGUCCAUGAUCCAGACACCAAUCAAAGACAAUGUCCCGUUUUUCUGGUCCACCAUGUCGCAAGUCAAAACCAACCACUACCGCUCCAUGGCACACUACUUUGUUGCCUCAGCGCUCCUGGACCACCAGCUGGGUCCCAGUGACGAUGAGGACCAGCAGGAAAAGACCUUGUCACAGGUCUACGAUCGCCUUCCUGAGGGACGCUCACCCCUGGACAUCCUGAAAAAGAAAGAUGAACGUGAACGCAUCGGUAAAGCACACAUCCGCCGGGCCAUCCUGGGUCAUGAAGAGGCUCUGAGGAUCUAUAGUCUAUGCCACCACUUGAACAAGCUGGAGGUCCUGCAGGACAUUUUAAAAGCCAGUCACCAGCGCUCCCUCAACAAGUACAGUGAGAAUGAAAACGAGGAAGAGUUCGCUGACUACACGGAGGCCCCAGACAUCAUCUCUAAAACAGAGCACAAAGCAGAGAUGGAGUUUCCUGCAACCACAAAGGGCCCUCUGUCAGUCUUCUCUGCCAAGCAGCGGUGGACGGCCCCGCGGACAAUACAACUUCGACCAGAAGACAGAGACCUGGGCUUCACCCUGAAAGGAGAAACACCAGUCCAGGUGGUUUCGUUGGACCCCCUCUGCCAAGCUGCUGCUGACGGUCUGAAAGAGGGUGACUACAUUGUCGCCGUGAGCGACACAGACUGCAAGUGGAUGGGCGUGAGUGAGGUGAUGCGAUUGCUGAAGGAUGUGAACGAGGAGGGGAUUGACAUCCAGGUGGUGAGCAUGAUGGACAGCAACCCUCCAAUGCCUACCAAGAGUGCCACCUUCUGCGGAAACCUGCCCAAGACAUACUCCAUGAUUUGUCUGGCCUUUGAUGACGAUGACAAGAACCCCAAGUCUCGCAAAGUAACCAAGAAGUCGUCCUUCAUCAGCUGGGGUCUGAAGAACAAGCUGAAGAGCGCCAGCACCCUCAGCCUUCCCACAGCUGACCACUCUGGCACCCUUCCCUGGAACAAACCCUGUCCCACCUUCCCCAGCUCCAGCUCCUACAACAACGACAGUGCCCUCUACUGAGCUAGCCGCAGACUUUCUGCUGUCUGCAAGCAGUGUGCAGACCACAUACUAAGCCUAGUGUGGCUGCAUACAGUACUGUGUUGUACCCAUACUGGACCUGCUUUGGAUAUGGUACAGUACCAGUGCCCUUUGGUGUUUCCACUGGAAUACUGAGCAGUAGUGUAUGUAGCUGUAUGUCACCAGUGUAAUGAUGACAUAUCUGCCAGCUACCUUGGAAAGUGGCUGUGCCAAAUACUGUAUAUAGGUGCCUUUGUUGGUACAUGGGCGCCUUACCCAGCACAGUUCAGUAUCUGAAGUGAACUGGACUGCACACCAAACAUAAUGAGAAAUCAUUCUGUACCAUGCCAGUAUGUGUACAGCACAGUACAACUGCACUGUGGGAAAAAAAACAUGCCAGUUAUCAUUCCAGUCUAUAUAUAUAAACACAGCAUUGAGACUAAGUUAAACUGUCAUCUCAGUAUGUUUUCCUGAAGAAAUGCUCCGGACGAAUUGAAAGACAAAAACAAAGUUGUACAAACACACCCAGUGUCGGUUACUACUUGACUGCAAGGGCAUAAUUUUAUUGUGGCUUAAGCGGCCCCUUGUUAGCUCCAUUGUGUACUGAUGUAGCUGUGCACUGUGCAGUUAUGAUCUCUGUAUCCACCCUGUCUGUUUCAUACUGUAUAUGUGAAGGAUUCGGUCAUUGCUACGAUAUUUGUUGCAAUCAGCUUUGGGUUUUGAAUUACAUAUAUUUUCUAAAUACAUAUGUAGAUGUUCUGAACCUUGUUGCAGUAUGUUUAACAGUGAUUAAGGGAAAACAAAUUGUGCUGUGCAGUUGUUGUUUUUUUUUGCCUGGGGAGAGUUAAUGAAUGCAAUGUUCUAUAAGCUGCUAAAAAAAUCAUAUAUAUAUAUAUAUACCUUGUUUAUGUAUUAUUGUCACUUUUGUAUUUGUGAGACAGCCUUUGAGGAUUAUUGUUUCUGCUGAGUGUCAUGCCCUGGACCCAGUGUAAAUGGAAAUAUUGGUAUUUUAGGUUUGCUUACUCUACCAGUUACGCCACAGACCAAAAUGCCUCUGUGUCCCUGAUAUGCCAGGUUGUACCAUUUACAGUCCUGACUCAUUUUACCCUGUUGUUUCAUCAGUGCUGCUGCAGCCUGGCAGUGUGUUUAUUUGUCAGAAGAGCACGAGCUGUGUGUCUCUCUGUUAAUGUGAAUCUUGAUGUAGUUAAAGGUUAUUUUGUCUCCAGAAGGGAAGAAUGUGGGCAGACCAAUGACAUUCCUUGAAUCGUACCUGGACAGCCGGUCACCCAAAAGUGACUCCGAUCAAAGUCCACAGUCAGGUUUCUACUCUUUGUCUCCACUUGUCUUAAUCCUAGUUACACCCCACUGACACUUUGCAGUGUUGGACUAUCUCUUUAUCUACAAAGUAGAUUCCUAUACACGUUUGAUAAUAAAAUUAUUUAUGUAAUAAAAAAAAAA